GCUACGAAAACAAACAAUCCGUUAGAUGCGUAUGGCUGUGAGCUGACUCAUCCUUCCGAAACGGAGCAAAGUGAAUUCUUUCGUUUUUCCUUGUUCCAUAUGUCUAUAGUUCCAACAUUUCGAAUGUUUUAUUGCUUAAUGAAGGCAUUGUCACUCCGGAGUCGUUUCGAAUAGUUUUAUAUUUUUGUUAGUGCCCGUUUUUCAUAAAUAUGUCCUCUGAAUCCGAAUGCCGAUCGAUUUUGUCCCGCGCGCUGGAUGCCGACGAGGCGGGUCAGAAAGAGCUUGCCAUCGAACUGUACGGGAAAGCUGUGGAAACUAUUCUUCGAAUCGAAGACCGGGAUAGGCGGGAAAAGUUGAACAAAUUUGCUAAACAAGCGCUGGAGCGAGCUGAGGAGCUGAAGGGUAUCAAGUAUGUUCCACCGGUGGAAUUGAAGGUACCUCAGGCAUCAAUCACAUCGCACCCGGUUCGCAGUGGAAAUGCUGUCAUAGCAAGUCCUAUUCACAGUCCAAGACUCGAAGUAAGUGGAUGUCGCAAUGCGUACACCAGCGAGGAGAAGAAAGUCCUCGAACACACGUCCCACAUAAAUUCAAAGGUUUAUGUGCCUUUCAUGGAUAUCGAUCUGAUGGAGAAGUUUAUCUUUCCGAUUCCAUUUACCGACAAGGAUGGUUCGCUGGAGCUAGCUCCCAAGCAGAAACGAGACUUUGUGCAGUGGGCUCGACUUGGGGACCUCAGUGAGCAUCCUCAGAUGAUUGCGGGAGAACAUGCGGAUUUCUAUAGCAUCCGCCAGACGGUGGUUUCGGACUGCAGUUUUGUGGCCUCGCUCGCAGUGGCAUCACUUUACGAGAAAAAGUUUAAGCGCAAAAUUCUUACCUCGAUUAUUUAUCCAAGAAAUAGCAGGGAUGAGCCAGUCUGCAAUCCGAGUGGGAAGUACUCGAUUAGAAUGCAUGUCAAUGGUAUCCCGCGGAAGGUUGUGAUCGAUGACUAUCUGCCGUUGGGGAGAUACAAUCAGCUGCUGUGCUCGUAUUCGAGUAAUAAACACGAAUUUUGGGUUUCUCUGCUAGAGAAGGCUUACAUGAAGCUUAUGGGAGGAUAUGAUUUUCCUGGUUCCAACAGUAACAUUGAUUUGCAUGCGUUGACCGGUUGGAUUCCCGAGCGUGCCUCAAUCCGCACAAAAGAAUCCGAUUUUAAUCCCGAUGCGGUGUUCAAUCGCCUCAAGGAAGGUCUCGCGGCUGGUCGAUGUCUGAUCACGGUUGCCACCGGAGAACUAUCGGAUGCCGAGGCGGAGCGAACAGGACUGGUAUCCACUCAUGCAUAUGCCGUGUUGGAUAUGCGAGAAAUCAACGGCGUCAAACUGUUACAGUUGAAAAAUCCGUGGUCCCAUUUGAGAUGGCGUGGUAAUUAUUCGGAUCUGGAUAUGACUCAUUGGACGGCCGAUUUGCAACAACAGUUAGACUACGAUCCGAAGCUGGCGGCUAACUUCGAUAACGGCGUCUUUUGGAUUGACUAUCAUUCGAUUCUUAACUUCUUCGACGUUUUCUAUUUAAACUGGGACCCGGCGCUGUUCCAGUACACUUACUGCAUCCAUCAGUCCUGGAGUGCGGGAGUGGGCCCUACGAAAGAUGCUUAUAAUGUGGGAGACAAUCCACAGUACAGUUUAACCGUUCCAGCCGGGAAAGGCUCAGUGUGGAUUUUGUUGACGAGACAUAUCACAAUGAUUGAAGACUUCAGGGAAAAUAGGGAGUACAUAACGGUGUUGGUGUACAAAAACAAUGGAAAACGGGUUUACUAUCCAUCGGAUCCUCCGCCUUACAUCGACGGUGUGCGGAUCAACAGUCCACACUAUUUGUGCAAGAUUCGGCUGGACCCCACUUCACAAAGGAAAUAUACGCUUGUGAUAUCGCAGUACGAAAAAACUGCGACCAUUUACUAUUCACUUCGGGCCUACUGUCGUGAUAAAUUCGAGCUGAAAAAGAUCGAUAGUCAUUUCCAGACUGUGGAAAAUAUCAACGGCGAGUGGAAGGGACGAACGGCCGGAGGCUGCCCGAAUCAUCCCCUCACAUAUAGGAACAAUCCACUGUACAGACUCCACGUCGGUCCGAAAGACACCAGCCAGUUGAUCGUCGAGCUGCGUGGCCCCAAGGUGUACCAGGUCGGUUUGGAGUUGACCGUUGCCUCUCUGGAGGAUCCCGAAGUGACCGCUCCGUUCAUAUCGCAGACCACGGGUAGCUUUCGGUCAGGCUUCUGCGUUUUGGAUCUGGAAGGCAUUCCGGCUGGAGUGUACCAAUUGCGUCCGUCCACGUAUCUGCCCGAACAGGAAUCACCGUUCUUUCUUAAGGUUAAGUCCACAACGAAUGUGAUCAUCGAGCAGUUGAACUAGCUCUGCGCGUGGGGGUGUUUGCUUGUUUUAGAAAAGUGACCCAGGGGGAGUAACGCAUAUUUGUAUCAUAUUUUAUCGUACUGUUAAUUAGACAAAUAAAGACUAUCGUCCUAUUUCCC